CAUUCAUGGCCGAGCUAAAGGCUACGCCAGCACUCUCCGGCGCUUCCGUCCGGCUGCAGCAGCAGCUCUCGCGAGAGGAGAUCUCCGUGGGACUCCUCAUCGUCUUUGUUGUUCCUCGUGUGAUUUCGUGUGUUCGAUAUCGUUUAUCGCGUUGAUCGGUGACUACUUAUCAAAAAAGUACGACGAGUGUCUCCCGAUCGUUAUAUUUCGUUGAAAACAAAUUUGUGUUGUUUUAUUUAUUGUUAUCAGUGAGGACAUGUUGUCGUUAUUAAUAAAGGAAUGAAACUCGCGAUGGUGAGUGAUCGGGCGAUCGAUCGAUCGGUUGAUCGAUCGAUCGCGACGCGCCACCAGGGUGAUAUCAGGGUCGAGUAAGGCUCGACUUUAGUGCGACGAGGUAUAGAUCGAAGUAGAGAAAGGAAGAGAGAAAGGGGGAGAGAGAGAGAGAAAGGGAUAGAGGGAGAUAGGGCGAUAAGAAGGGAGGGAUAGGUGAGGCGAACAAGUGGGGUAGAAUUUAACAGGGCUUUCGUGGUGAUUUCGACGCGGAAGAAGUUGAAGGAAAAGGAAGAAGAGGACGAAGAGGAAGAAGAAGAAGAGGAAGAAGAAGAAGAGAAAGAGGAAGAGGAGGAGGAGGCUCGACGUUCGUGGUGGAGGCCUGGCUGAUGCACCGUGGCUGCGGCGGCGGCGUCGCCGGAAGCGGUGCUGCUGCUGCUGCAGGAUCCGGAAGUGCUGCUGUAUCUGCUGCUGCCGUUGUUGCUGCUGGAAAUACCAGUGGAGAUGCGACGGUAUCAGUAACACCAGAGGAACGUUCUCUGGAACAUCAUCGUCAUCCUGCUCAUCAUCAUCAUCAUCACCAUCAUCAUCACAAUCAUCAUCAUCACCCGUCGGCAAUGCCAGGUGCUCCAGGUUUUCACUGGGGUGCCAUGCUGGCAGGGCACCACGCGGCUGCCGCCGCUGGCAUGAUGCAGCCACCUCUGGCUGCGCCAGGCGAGUACGCACCGGCUGCGGCUCAUCAUCACGGGGCCACACACCCCGCGAUGCCCAUGGAUCUUCACGUUCACCAGGGCUUCCCCUACUACAGGUACCGAGACGAUGCCCUGUGUUGGACAGACAGGAAACCGUCCCUGGACGACGUCGGGAAUCCUACUUCCGUCAACGCACGAUUUGAGGAGAGACACUACGCUUUCGAAAGUAUCCUGGAACUUCGUAAAGAGAAAAGCCGAGACGCAGCGAGAUCGAGACGGGGUAAGGAGAACUUUGAGUUCUACGAGCUAGCGAAGAUGUUACCUUUGCCGGCGGCCAUUACCUCUCAACUGGACAAAGCCUCCAUUAUAAGGCUUACCAUCUCUUACCUCAAACUCCGAGACUUCUCGGGUCAUGGUGAUCCCCCAUGGAGUCGUGAUGGACCACCACCUAACAAAACUGUGAAAGGUACAAAUCGCGUGAGGUCGGCAGCAAACGCGGCGGUAGAUCAUUUCGAGGUACACCAGGGUACCCAUAUAUUACAGUCGUUGGAUGGUUUCGCGAUGGCGGUCGCUGCGGACGGAAGGUUCCUGUACAUAUCCGAGACCGUGUCGAUCUACCUAGGACUUUCGCAGGUAGAAAUGACGGGUUCGAGCGUUUUCGAUUACGUGCAUCAACAGGAUCACGCCGAGGUCGCUGAACAAUUAGGACUGGGCUUGGCUUCAUCCGCGAGCUCUUCCGGUCCGCAUUCGUCUAGUUCCGGUUUAGCUUCUCCGAGUAGUGCCGCUUCGGAGGAACAUGGCUCGUCCUCGACCGCAAAUCCAGACGUGUCUUCCUUGAUGUCGCUCUCAGCGAGCGGUCUUUAUAAAGGUUACGAUCGUGCAUUUUGUGUAAGAAUGAAAUCCACGUUAACGAAAAGAGGUUGCCAUUUUAAAUCUUCAGGUUAUAGGGUCGUACUACUACUGUGUCGUUUGAGACCACAGUACACGUUUAGUCAUACGAGAAAGACGGCCCCGCCAUUGAUGGGUAUGGUUGGCUUGGCUAUUGCACUUCCGCCACCGAGCGUACAUGAAAUCCGAUUGGAGACCGACAUGUUCGUCACUCGUAUCAACUUCGAUUUUCGGAUAGCACAUUGCGAACCAAAAGUAUCUGAAUUACUGGAUUACACGGCUGAUGAAUUAACGGGUAAAAAUUUGUAUACCUUGUGUCACGGUGAGGAUGCGAAUCGUCUUCGAAAAUCACACAUAGAUCUAAUCCACAAAGGACAAGUCUUAACGCAUUAUUACCGAUUAAUGAACAAAAGUGGAGGUUAUACGUGGUUGCAAACGUGUGCGACCGUCGUAUGUAAUUCGAAAAAUGCCGAGGAACAAAACAUCAUUUGUGUAAACUACGUAAUAAGCGGUCGUGAAUACGAAAAUCUAAUUAUGGAUUGUUGUCAACUCGAAGACGGUGUUACUGGUGUUAAACGAGAGGAUGCGACAGGAAAUGAUCCAGAAAAUGGAUCGCCUGAUGCCGACAGAGGAGAAGGACGAAGUCGUGGAGGUCCGACGAAUCAGCAUCAAGAACAUCCUCAUCGUUCUCCGCCGGAAGAUCGGGAGGACACACGGGGUUCGGAGAGCGAGAAGAGAGGCAAUAGGCAUCACGAUAGCAUGGCUCAGCUUCAACAGGAACCACAAGCAGCAAUAGGGAACAUCAGCACGUUGGUGGUGAAGUUACGUGGACACAAGCGAAAGCUUCACGAGGAGGAGAGCAGUUCGAACGAGGAGGACGAAGAGGAGGAGGUUACUGAGAAAGUGGCGAACAACGAGAGGAAUAAUCCUUUAAGCCCAACACCUUCAAAUCACUCGAUCUCUACGAGCGAACAAGUCUUGUGCGCGACGAGUCCAAAGUCUAGACGAAGUGGUGAAGGAACUGCUAGGUCUGGGACAACUGAUGUAACCGAAAAUGGUGGUGGUGGUGGGAAUAGUAAUCCUGGUAGUAACACCGGCGGAACCGACACCGGUCCUGGAAGCGUCGGUGCUGUUGGUGCUACAGCUGGGACAUCGGUGAAGGACCUGGAACAAGCGAUGUCAAAGCACCUACCUGGUACAGCAUUGAAUAAAUCUAAUUCUCCGAGUCUACACCAACCUACAGAUUUUAGUACGGAUGCCUUGUUAAAGCAACAACAGCAAAGAAGUACGAUACAAUGGAUAGGAGCACAUCAUCACCUCGGUCAUCUAAGUCCUCAACAAUCAGCGACCGCCCCAUUACCAGCCUCGGCUCUUCUUAGACAGCUCUAUGCAAAUCGGGAAAGCGUAAUACGUGCGAACGUUCACGGGAUAACGUCGGCUGGAGGUGCGAGGACACCUUCGUCGGGUGGAUCCUAUUAUGCCAGCGAGACCGGCCAAAACGGUCCUCUUCCAACGCCACCGGGUUCCGAAGGUUCAAGUACCUACGGCGAACAUCAGUUUGUUCUAACUACACAUAAUCAAAAAGCUUCGGCUGGUGGUAAUAGCUGUGGAACCGAUGCUUUUACAAGUUUGGUAUCCUCAUAUUCAACGGCAGGUGGUUACGCGGUGGAUUAUCAUUCAGCCAUGACGCCACCGUCAUCGGUCUCGCCUCGUGACAAACAACAACAGCAACAACAUCACCACCACCAUCACCAUCAACAGCAACCACAGCAGCAACAGCAACAACAACAACAACAACAACUUCACCCGGUGAAUGUAAUCAGCUCGUAUGACACCUCCUCGGCUUAUGGGGAACCUGUAUUACGUCAUCAGUAUGAACCAGCUCAACCUUUACCUCUAAAACCACAAGUCUACUCAGCGACCGUUCACCCGAGUGCCCUCGAUGCUGCGGCAGCGUACGCCUCUGCUGGUCUCGGAGAACAAGCUCAGUUUUACCAUCACCCAGCUGCGGCCGCGGCAGCCGCAGCAGCUGGCUUUCAUAUCUAUCACCCGUCUAACAAGGCAACAGCGAACAGUUGGUACGGUUCGACGUCCUAGUGGCGUCCUAGUGCUGUACGCGACACGCGUGUACUUAAAUAAUUUGAAUUUUUGAACGAAGGACAUGAUCAGACUGACGGGACUCUCUCGUAUGCAUAUCAAUCGAAGAUAACGAAUAGUCAACGUGAUCGAUUUUCUUCGCUUUAACUUUGAGUCCUUUCUUUCUACCACACACUCCCCGAACCACCAACCUCAUUUCGUUGAUAAAUCUAGCUGAUUUGUAUCGGUCAUUAUAUCGAUAUGUAUCAACGAUUAGUUGGUAGAAAAGGAACUAAAGGAAGAAAUGUCGAAAGUGUUUGUCAUCGUCGUCUUGCCCGCUCAAGGCGACGAUCGUGUUGUCAUCCUUGUCUCGCACGCCCAAGGCAACGAUCGUGCUGUGACUAUAUCGCCAUAAUACAUUUAACCCCUUGCAGCCUGACAUACUUCCAUUACAGCCUGAAUUUAAUUGUGGGGUAUUACGAGCUAUGAUAGGGGACGUACGUAUCGAUCAGAACUAGAUAAAUAGAUUCUAGUUACGCCUUGGGACUGUUUUAUCCGAAAUGAUAUUUGCUUGUGUCGAUUCGAUGACGUUAUGCUGGACUAACAAAGAAAUUAUUUCUUUCUCAAGGUGCUCUCUUUUUUCUCUCUCUCUCUCUCUCUCUUCUCUCUCCCUCUCUCUCUCUCUCUCUGUCUCUAUCUGUCUCUCUCUCUCUCUCUCUAUCUUUUUCUUCUUUGUCUACCUUUUAAAGAGACAAGAAAUCGUGCAAUAUAGGUAAGCGAGAAAAACGUCUGACUAAAAAAAAGUGCUGCAUCGUGUCAGACCGCAAAGGGUUAGUUCUUGCACGUAGGAUGCAAACUUAUUGUAAUAUAAAGAAUUAACAAGAAAAAAUAAAGAAAAUAAAAGAAAAUAAAUGAAAAGAAAUAAAAAGAAACAGUAAAACUAAAUUAUUAUCUACGUUGGAACGUAGGCCUCGAAGGGAUUACGCGCAACAAAACAAGAAGAAAUGAAUUUUGUGCCGGCAUCUAGCGUGAGUCUCUAUCAAAGUGAUUUCAAUGCGACGACGUGUGUAUGUAUCUAUGUGGUUGUUAAAAUGCAAAAUAGUGGAUAUGCAAGAGGAAGGAAAAUAAUAAAUAAAGAGAGGAAGAGGACUACCAAUAAUAAUUAAUCGUCGUUGUCGUUGAUGGUAUUGAUGGAACUAUAUUUGCAUUAUGACGAUCGUUACUCGAAUUAUUAUUAUUAUUAUUAAUAUUAUUAUUAUUAUUAUUAUUAUGGUUAUUUUUAUUAUUAUUAUUAUUAUUAUUAUUAUUAUUAUUAUUAUUAUUAUUAUAACUAUUAUUAUAAUUAUUAUUAUAUAUUAUCUACUUGUAGCAAUUUUUUUUAUACCGUAAAUCGUUUCGUUUUGCUCCUCGUACCUCGAUCGAAUGAAACUACACACGUAUGUACGCUACGUUGAUGAUAAAUUUUGGAACGAGCUCAUCGUGGUUCGUUUUAAUCGUUCAGUUUUAGAAAAAAAAAAAAUAAUAAAAUGAAAAGGAAAAGAAAAGAAAAGAAAAGAUAAGAUCUAAUUAAAAUCGCGCGGAUCGCUAUCACUCGCGAUAAUACGUGUAGAAACUCUCUCAUUGCCAAAGUACUCUGAACUCUUUCGACGAAUAAACUCUUUUCGUUUCACAUAGGGCAUAUUAUAUAUAUUAUAUAAAUAUAUAUAUAUAUAUACAUAUACAUACAUAUACAUACAUACAUACAUACUUGUACGACUUAUCGCCAUUUCUCAUUUUGUUUUUUACCUUGUAACCUUCAUUUCCGCACAUCUUAAAGUAGUUCAGUUUUCGCGAUAAGUGUAAAGUUUUCGCGGUAAUUAAGUGAUAUUAGGCUGAGCUCGAAAUAAAAAAGAAAAAUUUCCACGGCCGACGAUUUCGAGCUCCGCCGGACGGUGAAUAAAUUAAAGGAUUAAAUGAAAAUAAAAAAAAAAGAAAAGAACAAAAAAAAAGGAAAAAACAAGAAGAAAAGGAAGAAUAAUGCAUUUGUUAAGCACUUUGUCAAAUUGUUUACACGUUAAGAAUAAAUAAAGAUAUGUAUAUUUACAGGUGCUGCGCAAGCGUUGUCUUCUAUGUACUGAAUAGUUGUAAAUGUAGAUAAAAGAAGGAGACAAGUGUUGAGCACGAGAAAAAUGAAAAGAGAAUAAGAAAGGAAGAAGGAGAUACGAAAGAAAAGAAAAAAAUAACGAAAUAUAAAGAGAAACAAAAGAAAAAAAAAAGAGAUUAUUCCAAAAAAUGUUUGGGAUGUAAUCUCUCUAGGAGAACGUUCUAUUUUAUCGAAUAACGUUUUUAAUCGGUAGUUCCCGACGAGGAGUGCACUGUGUAUAAAUAGAGCCUGCGCUCUCUGCAAUAUUGUGUUAUAUAUUUCUACCCAUCGUUUUUCCGAAGUUUUUACAAAUUCUGUUUCUAUUAGAAAAUCAGCCCAUGUAAAAGGAAAACACGAUUUGUGAAAUAUACCUUUAAACGCCUGAAG